UGCAUGAAGAGACUAUAACACAUCACGAAACUCAUAAGAAAAAAUCUGCAAAACUAAAGAAUGGCUUAUGCUAGGCUUGCUCCUUUGGCUCUCUACUUGCUCGCCACUUCCAUAAUGUUUCCGAUGAAGAAGAUAGAAGCAGUAGACUGUUCAGGUGUUUGUUCACCGUUUGAGAUGCCACCGUGCGGGUCAACUGAUUGUCGCUGCAUCCCUAUUGGACUAGUUAUUGGUUACUGCACUUAUCCAAGCGGACUUUCAUCUGUGGCGAAGAUGAUAGACGAACAUCCGAACCUAUGUCAAUCUGAUGAUGAAUGCAUGAAGAAAGGAAGUGGCAACUUCUGUGCUCGUUAUCCCAAUAACUACAUCGAUUAUGGUUGGUGCUUUGACUCUGAUUCUGAAGCUCUUAAAGGAUUCUUGGCCAUGCCUGCAGCAAUCACCAAGUAAUACGUGUAUGCCUGUGAAAAAAGUGGUCAUGAAUGAUGCAUUUUAUGGUGCAUCUACGGCUGUAAAUAAAAGGAGUGUUCACCAACUUAUAUAGUUGGUUACUGUAGACUCCUGUCACUUGAGUUAAUAAACAAGAGCGUUCUGAGUAA